GAAGAUUUGCUUUCCUUUUCCCCAAAAGGGGAGGAGAUUGAAACUGAGUGGCCCAUGAUGGAAAGAGAGGAAAUCCAGGGGUGCAAGAGGCCCUUGGGUGAAGGCAGAGACUAACAUGGGGUUUGGAGCAACUGUGGCCAUUGGCCUGACCAUCUUUGUGCUCUCUAUUGUCACCAUCAUCAUCUGCUUCACCUGCUCCUGCUGCUGUUUGUACAAGAUGUGCCGCCGACCACGUCCGGUUGUGACCACCACCACAGCCACUACUGUGGUGCACGCCCCUUACCCUCAGCCUCCAAGUGUGCCACCCAGCUACCCUGGACCGACCUACCAGGGCUACCAUCCCAUGCCCCCCCAGCCAGGGAUGCCAGCAGCACCCUACCCGACACAGUACCCACCACCCUACCUGGCCCAGCCCAUGGGCCCACCAGCCUACCACGAGACAUUGGCUGGAAGUGCAGCCGCGCCCUACCCUGCUAGCCAGCCUCCGUACAACCCAGCCUAUAUGGAUCCCCCGAAGGCAGCCCCCUGAGCAUACCCUUGCCUCCCUAGCUGCCACUUAAUUAUGUCAUAUGUGUGUGUGUGUGUGUGGUAUGCAGGCACGGUUCUUUACUGUCCCAUGCAUGGUGUGUGUGUCCUAUCUGUACACAUGGUUUCCU